AUGUAUGGAAAAAAACCGCGUAUACGUCAUCGCAAGAGCUGGAAGUAUCUCGUGCUUGUGUCACUCGUAUCUCUAGCUGCAUUUACAUUAAUUAUGGAGACAUUCUUUCUUUUAGGACCUCGUGGUGGUACAUAUAUAGGUCUACACAAGUCAAUCGGAUUGGCGUGGCGUAAUUACUUUAGCAAUCAUCUUUUACCAGAGGAAGCGAUUUCCGAUGAAGAUUUGCUACAUCAUGCGCUAUUACGUGAAGUUUGUAUCGAAGAUACCAAUGUAUCAUUGCCGUGGCAAUUUGGUUCACCUGGGAAGCAAGGAAUUGAUGGAACUGCUACUAAUUCCCAUGUCUUAAUGCACGAAACUGAUCAGGACCUGCUACAAAAACUUCGUCAAUGUCCAGAUAUUGAUAUCUUCUUACCAUCUAGUGCUCGUACUUAUGGAUACUGUGAGGAUGCUGCUGCAUAUGUAAAGUACUUGGAAUCUCGACUGUUGCCUGAAUGGAUCAUGACGGCAAAGUUAUACAAUCCGGAUCUGAAACGCAAAGUAGAUUACUUUGACCUAUGCCCAAAGACACCCAUGCUGUUUCUUGACCACCACUGGGGUGGCAUGACCGAGUCACCUCGUUGGCCAAAAGACAAACCUGUCUACAUGAUGGCCAACAUUGAGAUAAUGGAGCUGACGCCCAUGCAUUUCUUACGGGCUGAUGCGGUGUUGUGCAAGUCUUUUGAAUGCUACAAGCGAGUGAUGAAAUGGUUUGAGCAAUACGGAAACCGUCGCGACGCACAGGUAUUUUACACGAAACAUACGUCGUCAAGUCUAGAUUUGUUUGCUCUUAAACGAUUAGCUGGGGCGAGUCAAUCAAAAGGAACGAGAGAAGUGUUGGAAUGCUGGGUUGAGACUCCAGGUUUACCUCCUCUAGACGUGUACAUCGACCGCGAACCAUUCAAUCGUUUGCUUCCGCUCUCGUUUAGAAAUAGAAUUCCGCGUAGCAAGAGCCCCGUCACUCUCCACCUGGGUAUGCUGAAGCCUUUAGAUUACAGCAAGGUCAUUAGUGAGGCUUCAUUCGUCGUAAACCCAAGCUACGGCGAAGGCUACGGUCACAUAAUCAAUCAAGCGCGUGCUACGGGAGCUGUUAUUGUAACGACUGACAUGUCCCCGAUGAACGAAAUAAUAAUUGGAAAUGGCACGGGUAUGCUGGUCUCGGUACAGCGUAGAAAGCAUCCGAUGGUGGUAUUGGGUGGCAACUACAGAGGGACUCUCGGACUAGAGAACGUUGAUGGCCUUGUAGCCUCUUUUGCGGGCUCAGACGUUUGCAGUGUGAUAGAACGAGUAGUUCAGUCCUCAUAUGGACAACGUGUUGAAAUGGGCUUCAAAGCCCGUCGGCAGUACCAUGCAGAUACCAAGUAUUUUGCCAAGACCAUGCAGGAAUUACGAAAUUUUGCUAAAAGAUAA